CGAAAAUGGCGGGCAAGUGUUUAUUUCGUAUCACGUCGGAAUGGUUUUUGGAUUAUUGUAUUUAUCAAUUGUGGAAGGAAUUUAGAGAAAAGUGUUCGUUUUCAGAUUGCUGGAAAGAUCGUAUCCAAGGUAAAGAGGAAUUAAAGUUAAAAUCUAAGAGAUUCUGGGCAGCAGUGUUCAAUACCAAAGUUAGGAAAUUUGGGUUGUCUUUGAUAUGAUUAAAAUUUGUAAAGUUCGUGUCCCUACGUUUUGGUUCCCCAGCUUAUCCUAGCUGUGUCUAGUCUUCAAUUAGAAAUUAUUGAAUGAGGCUGAGUAGGAUGUGAAGAAUUGUGCAGAUCGAGAAGGAUGUUUACGUUUUCCACCGAGGCUGAAGGGCAAGGUGGAUAUAUAACGUCCUCUGAGAAUUCUUUACGUUGUUCGACAGCAGCUGAAGACUAUAUACAAAGGACGCCUGUUCAUUAAGUUGAAGACAAUCGCUUCAAAAUAUUUUGAUGGAUGUUAUCCACCAAGGGUGAAGGCCCAGAUGGAUUACGCCCUCCGAGAUCUGUAAAAUUCUUCACAUCAUAUGAAAGCCGAAUUCAAUAAUAUUGUUUUAUUAUUCAUUCAAAAUGUUUCUAAGUCAGCUAAGUGUCGACUGCUUGAGUAUCUCUAGAGCUGGCCGGUUUCGGGCUAUCAGUACUCUAAGAGACUUGCACACACUCAAGUCCUCAUCACAUUCAUCGUUUAUUGCUAAAUCAAGGUACUUUUAUACAUAUUGGUAGCUAAAUCAUACGUGGGAAAAUAUAGUAGGGAAUGCAUGUGGUUUCAUUUCUAGUAAAUACCCUAAUUUGAUUGAAAGCUUAAAGCACUAUUACACCUGCAUUACUUAUGUAAAUCUUGAGCGGCUAGGUUUAAAUAAUCAUUCCGUCCUACACAAAAUCCUACCAGUUUAGUAGCUUUUACGCUUUUCCAAUCGGAAAACACAUCUAACUAUCUGCUUUACACGAUGCACAUUUUUGCACGUUUGCUUACACCAUAGGGAUCAUAUUUCCGGUUCCUAUCAAGCUAGUAAUUAUUGAUCUAUUGAUCACUCAAGAUUAACAAGUCAUGAUUCAUUGUACAAAGUGUCACGAAUUCUUUAACUUCACUACAGACAUAUUUUGCGUAUUCUUGCAUUUCUUCUGUUCAGUUAAUUAGAAAUAGGCCAUUUCUGAGUUCCCCAGGGCCUCUGUAUCAAAACGAGGUUAAGUACUCAGCCUUUUAUAUGGAAAUGAUUUUUAAUUCUCAUGCAAAUAAAACUCAUUUUCACAAGAAAGGUUGUGCACUAGGCCUCAUUUUGAAAGUGAGGCUUUUUGGAACUCAGAAGUGGCCUAUUCAGCUAUUUUGUUUUGGGAUAGCCGUGAAAGCCAUUUUCUUUUUUAGUUCACUCAGCAAUAAACAGCUAGGCUGCUACGCCUGGAAUCGAGAUUGAUCUAUGGUAUAUCAUAAUUUAUACCUUCUAAAAUAACAGUACUGAUGGUAAGUGCCAAUUGGUUAUGGUGAAGUAGCCAGGGGGAUUGGAGCCAAUCAGAAACAACAAAAGUUUGAAUGAGAAUGCUCUACGUGUAAGUCAUGAUAUCUAAAUGAAGGUAUUAUAACUACUUGGUUUCUCAAACGUCUGCUCUGUCAUUUUCAGAUUAUUUGGAAAACAAACCAUUUGUUAUAGGACAGGAGUUAUCAACUAAACUUCAUUGCAUUAGAUUUAUCAUUGGUUUGCAUGAACACCAGCCAACAGACUCUCAGUUCAGCCAAUCAAGUACUUAUUCUAGCUCUACUGAGGAUGAGAAUGAAUCAAGAUUACUUGGACAGGGCUGUUUAAACUAUUUUGAUAAGAUAACAGGAAUAUAUCCAUUUUCUGAUGUGGAGAAGUCCCAUAUGAGAAGUGCUUUGAAGCUUCAGGUAAGCCCUCUAUUGUUUAUUUUGAAAGAAGUUUUUCAGUGAACCACCCUACAACACUUCCAUUUGUAAGUUUAAUUCAGGUGUGAUGCAAUACAGUCAACUCCUGAUAAUAAUAAUAAUAAUAAUAAUAAUAACAACAACAACAACAACAACAACAAUAAUAAUAAUAAUAAUAAUAAUAAUAAUAAUAUACACUUAUAUAGCACCUUUCUCUUAGUGAUCCAAAGCGCUUUACAAUCAGUAAAUACUUAGAAAACAAAUAAAUCAAACACAACAUAACGGGAUUUAAAACCCCAACUGCCAGGAGGCAACCAGUUGGCUAUUUACAAGAGUGGCUGAGGAUUUGAAAUCGGAACAACUGAGAACAAAUCCAGCAAGUGGCCAGAGCGGGACUAGAACCCGGGACCGCCAGAUUGCGAGUCCGACACGCUGACCACUUGGCCAUGCUGCCUCCCUAAUAACUUGAACCUUCCAGGGAAAUCGAAAAAAGUUCGGGUUAUGGCGAGUUGACUAUAUAACUGAAAAUAAGGAAAUAAGCAUAUGGGUAAGGAGGCAAUGUAAGGACAUGUAUCAUGCACACUUCACCUCAAGGGCAGCAAGAGAUUUAUUGAUAUUUUGAAAAAGGAAUUGAAGCAACAAAGCUUGAAUAAUGUUCAAGGCUGGACAUUCUGGACAUUGAAUUUGAACUGGACAGACAAAGAAGACAGAGAAUAGAUGGUUUUUUAAAAAUAGUAAUAAAAUUAGAUUUUUCAGACUGUAGAACGUUGUCCUCUUUUUGGCUUGUCACGCUCUUAAAAGGCUGUUAUUGAGAUUAUGAAAAUGGUCUGCAGGGAAACAAAAAUUGUUUGAGUUAGUGGGAGGUGCGAGUUAUCGAGGUUUCAAGUUACAGAGGGUAAAAUUAGAGUAAAUAUUAUUUUAUGUUGGAAAUCCAGAGGUGGCUGGAAAUAAAUUUUGGUUCAAGUUAGCACAGGUUUGGGGAGUCAACUAUUACCACUGUAUAUCAAAAUAUACAAGACUCUUGUAAAUAUUGAUGCUGUACCAUUCAACUUCAUGAUCAUGAAUUUGAAAAAGGGAAUCUCAAGAUUACCUCGGUAAAAGAAACUUUCUUAAAAAUUAAGUUAAAGUGACAAAAAGAAUUUAAAAAAUCAAUUUCAGUUAGUAAGCUGUAAUAUUUAUUAACAACCACAUUCUUUACUGCAGUUGGUUGCCUGGGAUGUCUAUGGGCAAUACACACAUGAUAGGAGGGGUGGGGAAAAAAUCAGCCCUAUUCCCUCUCGUUUGUCUAGUACUUUACGCCCACGUCAUACUUACCCUUGCUUGCCUGAAAAAACUUGAAAAAUAAAUGCCUGUUCUGCAGGGCAAUAGCCAGUAACUUGAAAUCUUAGAAAAUGCUAUUAAAUUCAAACAGUAAAGUAAAUUUGUGAGAAAAUUUAUAACUCACAAAAAUACAAUGGUUUUGUCCCUAUUUUGAAUUGUUCACUUUUUAGAUUCUUUAAAAGAUAAUUUUUGUCUCUUGGAAUUACAGAUCAUCUUAUCACACUUUAGACAUGGUGACAUGAAAGGAGGUGAACAGUUGUACUCAGUUUUGUACAGUGAUGACGGUGAUGAAGAGGUAUUUUUAGGAUGCUUAUGUCACUUUUCAGACUACCUUAAUUUAGGUUUUGUUGUAAUCUGCAUCACAAACAUGGUAUACAAGUGCAUCAUUGUUUCACUCACGCUGUGAAAUUCCCUGUGUUCACCGUUGUCAAAGUUGCAUUACAAUGCCCUUGAAACCAGAAAAUGCAAGUGCAAAUUACAUUACAAGAAUGCCUAAAAAAUGCAGCAAGGGUUCCUUAGAUCAAAGUUUCGUGAUAAACAGGAUAAUAGUCAUUUGUGUAAUACAACCAUGAAACAUUCUGUUUUGACGCCACUCAUGCAAGUUAUUAACCUCUUCUGAUCUCUCCGAUCAAAACCACAAUUUCAUUGUCAUGCUCAAUGUUAUAGAGGUGGUUCAAACAAGAUUGUGCUGCCAUGUGGAAUGCAUUUGUGCAUGCAUGCAUGAGACUUUGCACUUACCAGUAAAACAAUCAUGUACACAUAUGGAAGCAACAAUUUAGACUGAGUCACGUGUUCUCUAUUGUCAUUUUUUGUUGUUAACAGGAAUAUCAAGACGAGAUCAGAGAAUUAUUUCAAUCUGAAAAUGACUCAUGGAAGAAAUUGUUCUUAAGAAAACACACAUAUGACAGAUUCCUCAACCAGGUUAAACAGUUUUUUAUGCCAGUGUGGAAAAAGUUUGAGGCACCAGUCUUAGAAGAGGUAACAAACUAUAUUUAUGAAAUUCAAAGUACUUCAAGUAAUCAGUUGUAUGGUUUUAUCAUUCCUAUUAUGUACUGUGGAACCUCUAUUCAGGGGACACCCUCUGGACUGAAUAGACGUGUCUCUUCAAUAGCGGUAACAGAUACAAAGAUUAUGUGGAUGUUUUUCUGGGAACAAAGUUUGUGUGUCCUGAAUGAAGGAGUCUCUUGAAUAGAGGUGUCCCAAAGGAGAGGUUCCACUGUAUAUUUAACAAUUAUUCCACGAGUGCGUGUUGGAUAUGAGAUGGUAGAUAGCCAACGAGGGGUGUAGAGCGGAGUUGGCUAUAAUCAUCUCAUAUCCAACAAGCACAAGUGGAAUAAUUAUUUUAUUAAAAACACCCACAAAAUAUCAAGAAUUCUUCCCGACUUUAUUUGUAAAAACAACCAAUUUUCAGCUUGUUUUUAAUUUUGAGCAGAUGUGUACAGUUACCAUAUUUGGAGAGCAUGGUAUAAUGGCUCAUAUACCAUGAGUUAUUGAGAGCUAAGCCAAUCUGAGCUCUAAAAUUGCAUUAUCCAAUGAUUCAGUUUUUAAUAAUAUUUGAUCUUAAAUGAAAUGUUAUUACUCAUUUCUGUAGACUUAGUAAUAUUGAUAUAGAGCACAUCAUGUUUAGGUAAAAUUUUAUUUGUUCAAAGCAAGGUUAAGAUAACCAAUAGUUAGCAUGAAAUGUGAUUUCAGAUCUAAACACUUACAGCACCAAUUCAGGUUAAUCCCCUUUACCUACAAUUUCAUGAUUGGCUGCUUAAAAAAAGACACUCCAGAAAUCCCAGGUUAGGGAUAAUUGGCCUUCAAUCAACUGGGCCCAUCACGAUGACAUUUGUGCAGUGGAACUGUUCGGUUGUAGACAAGAUUCUGUUACCCUGCCCUACCCCUCCUUGGUCAUCAGGAUGACAUUAAUUUUGUGCAGUGGAACUGUUCUGUUGUAGACCUUGUUGUUACCCUGCCCUACCCCUCCUUCGUCAGUCUGGACACAAUCACAAUCACCCAAAAUACUCUUGAUAAGCUUAUUGUUUCCCUUAAAAUACAAUGUCUAAAAUAAUCACAGUUGUAUAUAAAAGACAAGGCUGUGCUCUAGGAAAAUUGAAGGGAGCCCAGUGCUCUGAAACUAAAAUCUAGGGUGCCCAGCAUAGGAUUUGUAUGAAAAAAGUUACAGUUUGUAGUCACCUGAGAGCAAAAGUUAGGCACCUGGGACCACUGGGCUCUUUUAGAGCAUGGGCCUAGAUCUAUAAACUCACAUGAGAUACAUUUUAUGUUUUCUAGGCUUCAUUUUUAGAGAAUACAAAUGAAGAAAGGUAUGAUUUGAAGAAUAUUUACCAAGUUGUGAAUUACAUUAUUGAACACAGACAUCUUGUCAUUUACAAUUUUAUUAUUAUUAUAACAUCCACAAAAGUGGGAAAGCUUCACAGUUUGGCUAAUAAGCAAGGAACUGGAAAUUUUGAAGCUUUCAGUGAAAUAUUUGCUGACUACCCAACAUUAUUUAGUCUUAGUAAUACUGAAUAAAAACCAUACAAAUCAAUCUCAAGGCCUUUGCUAACUACCACUCUGAUUAUACUACCUACUAUUGCAAAACAUUUUGACCGCAGGUUGGGCUGGUCAGUUGACAUUGAACUUGCUUUGGAUUAUGAGUUUUCCAGUGUGUUUGGUAAUGUGCAGGUUAAAUAAGAGGAUCUAAGGAGUAAUCACAGAACUUUUAUAAUUUUUGUAGGUCCAGAGUUGAUGCUAUAACUAUUAAAAAUCUAUACUUUGCUUGGGAUGAAUCAGAAGAGGCUGAAAAAAACUGGACAGAUAUUCUGGAGGGAACACACCCUGAUAUUAUAGCCUUAAAAAGUAAGAGAAGCAGCAGACAUACUCAAGAUACCACUACCAGCAACAGCAGCAAAGACAAGAGUCCUUCAGUAAGGCAACUUAGACAGGUAAAGAGGGUGCUGGAAAUAUUUGCAUGAUAGCUAAAUCCUUGAACACCCUGCCAGAAGAGCCGUUCUUUCACUUGCUUGCUUUCGGUGUACUUGAGGAAGACUCUGCAUGAAUUGAGUACCGGUAAGAUCUUUUUUGAACAUGCGUGGCAUGUUGGUAGGAUACAGGUUCUAACCCAGGCUUAAUAGCUGUGUGCUUGUUACUGAGGGCUUGGUUAUGACUAUCAGUUUAUCAAUAAACAGAUGUUCACACGUGAAAAAAAAAAACAGUUUGACAAAAGAGAACAAAAUUGCCUAGUCCAGAAGUUUGGGCCGCUGUGACCUCAAAGGUUUGUCGUGAUUCAGGCAGAGCAUCCUUUGAUCCUCUUCACUCAAGAAGACAAAAGAAGGCUCUUCUUGCAGGGUGCUCCUUGAAUCUCUUGAAAUUAAGUAAUGCUGGUAAAUUUUUUCUCUACUCUUGGAAAACACCCAGAAUUUUAUAAUUAUAUACAUUAGCAUGAAAAAGGCAUAGGAUGAGGCUUGCAAAAUUUAUGAAAUUUACAUCCAAAUUUCAGCAUUGAUAUAAUGUCUGCAACGCAGACAUAGCAAUAAAGGCUUUUUAGUUACUUGGUUAGGAAACUUGGUUAGGAGCAGUGUUCUGUAAGGAGAAGUUGAAUAUUGGUUAAGGGAUACCAGGGCUCAAAAAAAGUUCUGUCCAGUAGUCUGGGACAAGUUAAUUUUGUUAUUGGGCAAGUGACUUUGAAAGCUUUCUUGUCCAAAGGGAAAGGGUGGGUCCUGGAAAGUCAUCCUCUAACAAAAUCAUUAACUAAGAUGAGCAAGAAGUGGUUUUGGGUAAUCAAAAUAUGAGAGAGAUGCUUGCCCAAAUGGCAAGCUGGAAUUCAAUUUCUUUUUCGAGUCCUAGAUACAAUGGUUAAAUAAAAGUGUUCUAGCUGUACGGUCAAAUGUUCAAGUCCUGAGCCCUGGAAUUUUCAUAUUUUCACCCUAGAAAACUCUAGUGGUGCAAACCCAGCUAUCACAGGAGAAAACAGAGACAAUGUGUAACCGAGCUCGAUUAUUAGCUCACAAAGCAUUUUCUUUUCGGUAUUAUUUUCCGGUUCCGUUUAUCGUUUUCCCACGGUACGUGUUUCUUUAGUUCUGCUUUGUGGUUAGCCGUGUUUUAUCUAGCUCUGUGAUUUCUCCGCCAUUACACCCUUAAACAGGAAAGAAAUUAAUUGAUUUAAGCUCGCUUUAAUUUGCCGCCAUUGCUGUAGUUAACCGCGAAACUCUCCAUUUUUGUUUCCUCCUAUUGUAUUAACAGUACACGUAGGUAUUCUGGGGUAAAGCGAUAAUAGUGUUUUGCAAACAGGCGUAUUGCCAAAAGGAAGAUUUCACUGUUUUGUGGCUUACCUAGCUAUAGUUGUCCAAUUGUAUUGCUAAUAACAGGAUGCGAGCUGUUUGUGUUAAGCGCGAUAUAAAUACGCCUGCACGUAGCGUUUCUACGCAUUAGUACAGUUCCAGUUGCCGCGUUCACUAGUCAAGCCGUAGGACAUAGUUUUCUAGAGUUCUCCCCUCGCUGGAGUGGCGCUAUUGCCCUUUUCAUCGUCCCUUUUCUUUCCCUUUUUGUUGCUUUAUUCGUUUUCCUAGUAUUUGUUCUUACUGUAUUUCUUUUCCACUAAUUGGCCAUUAAAUUCUUGUUUGUUUUGUACACAUUUGUCUUUCAUUGGUUGUCAUUCGCUACCUCCCCUACUCGCGCGGCUCGGUCACAAAUGGUAAUUCAGAACUCUCAUGGUCUGGUGUUAAUAUAUUUGUUUUCCCAAAGGAAACUAGAAGCAGAGCAGAACCAAGUAGUCAUAAGAAGUCCAAUGUAGCAGUAAAUAUUGAGAGGUGUGAUGAAGCCAUGCAGAGGUUAAAGAGUUCUUCAAGAAACCUUUUGUAAGUUAGAAGGUUUUCAAUGUUUCUGGUUGUAUAUCCAUUGGCUGCACAGUCUGUCUAUGGUUUUCUUUGCUUUUGUUUAUGUUUUUCUUUCACUUGAAACCAAUUGUCAGAAGAGUUUGAAUAUUUUUUGGUCUUGUUGUUACUAUUGUUAGUGAUGUGUUACAGUUGUUGCAAAUUUUUCAAUCUUUUUAGCAAAGUUGUAAAAUUAUUAAUUUGAUCUUUACUUUUGACACCAAUAACGUGAUGGUGUUUUCCCUUAAAAUGCACUUACGCAUUCUAAGAGCCCCUGAUCCGCGGGAUACACAUGUUAGAAAUGGAAGUAUGUUGAGGAAGGAGGUUGGGAAUGAGGUCUAGAUCAAAUACCCUGGAAAUGAUUGUUUUUUUGCAUCCAAAUGUACAUAUGGUACCCCAAACAUAACUUUUUUUCAGCGAGAAUGAUUCCUUUUAACUUUUUUACAGUCAAGCCCGGUCAAGCUUGCCCCCCAAGAUUCCACAAAUGAAUUUACUAUUUGAAAGUUGAAUCCAUUGGUAGUUGUAGAUUUCACAUUCAUCUCUUCAUUCUUGCAUGUGUAAUAAGCAGUAAAUUUUCCCCCAAGGUAGUUAGGGAAUUUCUACCAGCUCAAUUUCCUUAAAUUUGAUGUAAACGUCUUGGAAGCAAUUUUAUCCAUUCAAUUUCAGAUUUUCAAUCUCACCAGAUACAUAAAAGUUAUAGUAAAGGAUUCACUACUAAUUCAUUGACGCCUACAGGGAUGCAGAUUUGAAUUUGACACUAGUUAUGGAAGAGUCUAACAGAUUUAUUUUUCAAAUAACCAAUUCAUUAAUAGAAUCUUUUUUGAGGUAUGCUUUACCUGGCUUGACUUUAACUAUACUUCAUUCUUUUGUUUUGUUUUAUAUCACAGUUCUGGUCUCAAAGAUGUAUACUCAAAUAUGGUGGCUGGAGAAGCAGGACCCAGUAAAGUUAACAGUGAAAAUAAUAAUGACAAUGACACAAAUGAUAUCCCAGUCAAAAGACAUUGUAAGGCAGUCAUCGCUGAACCAGACAGGUUAGUUUCAAUAAGAAAUUAUUCUCUUCUUUAUAUAUAUCUUUUAAAAUCUGGGGCAGAUGUAUAGUGUUACACUUAUGUCAAUAAUGUUGAAUGUAAAUUGAAAUUCAGCUAAAAAAGUUUCAACAUACUUUGACUCUCAGUUUCAUUCCUAACCUUAAUCAUUCAUGAUCUUGAAUAAUGAAAAAGGAAAUCAGGGUUGUCACUAAGAUUUCAAGUUGCCAAGCAAAUACAACAAGUAGGCAGGGAAUCACACAGCUAGGGAUUUCUUUUGUUUCUAGUUUUCUUCUAUUUUCCAAUAAAAGUAGCCAGGGGCCACUCUCUUAGUAGCCGGGGAAAAUCCCCGACCCCUGGCUCUUAAUGACAACCCUGGGAAAUAUUAGGGUCUUGUUCUAGUCUUAAGAGUAAGUUUCUUCUUUCAGUACUCAAAGGUUUUUUGUGGGAGGAAGCCUUAUUUUAAAGUUUGAUUGAUGUUGAUUUGGUUGUUAUUAAAAUAUUAUUCUAGUGCCAGUGGACAAGAACCAGAUAAAAAAGGGAAAAGACCUGUAGAAAGUAGGUCAGCAAAAAGGCGAUUUAAUGAACAUCAAAGUGAUGCCGAGAUAUUGGACUGGGAUUCAGAUUCAGAUGAUGCUUUUGAUGAAACAGAGAUAAAACGGAAGACAAUCAGUAAGUGGAGUCAAUAAAAAUUAGUUUAUAAUGAGAGGGUGUUAUGAAAAAACUGUCUUGCGUAACUAGCGUGACAUUCUUGAAGCUUCCUGAGUGUUCAUAGUUUAUUUAUUUUAGGACCUUAUGUGAGUGUUUCUAAAGCGGUAUAUUUUGUACUCUUUCUGUAACUAGACUAUUUCGAAAGUUCUAGAAUCUUAUUGCAAAAGUAUAUACCGGUAAGUAGACGAGUCCAAGCAAAGUUUUAACUAGUUUUCACAAGCCAAAGAGAGUUUAACGUUGGUCGAGUUUAGUCAAGUGUGAUGGAAGCAGUGUUUAUUCAAGUUGGUGGAGGCUGUGUAAGAUUAUCGAGUUACGUGCAGUUGUACAGUUUUACUUGGUGGAAACUACCUUCAUAUUUGGAAUAAAUCUUCUUGUUGCUGUUCCGACAACCCUGUGUUCAGUUUAGUUACAAGCUGCGUAACAGAGGGCAAAUAAACUGUUCUUUUACUGGUAAACAUCAGGCAGUUGCUUUAAUUUAUCAUUCCUCCUUGAAGUGGCAUAAAAAUAUUGUACUGUCACAGUGCUUUGGGCAAGACAUAUAAAGUAUAAUAAUUGUACUUUAUUAAAUUACACUGCAGGUACCCCACAAGCAGUGUUUUCUCCCGGCUUGACACUACGCUACAAAGGGAGAGAAACCACUGCAAGCAACCCUUUGCUUCUUUGAUCGAGCUGCCAUCCAGCACCAGGGAUGAAUAUUAAAUAAACUUUGACGAGCCAAAACCUGUUUAAAACCAGUAAGGCUCUCGCACAUUUGCUUAUGCUAUAACUGCUGCCUUAAUGUGAGCAUCUGCUGUGAAUUUGGGCUCUUUACAUCUUAAUAACGAUUAUUGCUACCCACUUACUUUGACAAAUAUUGGUGAAGCCAACUGGAGUUGACUUCCUAGGAACCAUGUCCAAGUUCAGAAAAAAAAAAAUAGAAUUUUGUUGUUGCUUGUUUACCUUCUCUGUAAAACACAAAAUUAGGCAUUUUUUUUCAUGACAUAGUCAUGCAAAACUGCAAAGAAAUAAACAAAAAGUAUGUGAUGCACAUACAAAGUUGCUGUUUUGCCUAUUAAAACCUAUUAGUUUUUUAAUGCUCUCAUUGCUGUUGCAUCAUGAUCUUAUUAAGUCUCUAAUGUUUCUUGCAAAACAAGAGGAAGUGAUGUCAUUUGAGAUUUUAAUGUAGGCAUCAUGUGGAUGCGCAUGCUUGAUGGAAAAGCAAAUGGGUGCCCACAGUGGUUUUUCUUCCUUUGUAGCGUAACGUCUGGUCUGGAGAAAGCACUUCUCGCAGGGUAGCUAUUAGGGAGAAUGCCAGAGAUUAUGAUGGCAAAAAGAACAUCAGAAAAGCAAGCAAAACGACAACUCUUUUAGUGCAUCACAUUUUUGUACAUUUUGUUGCUGUUAUUGUAUUACAGUGAAGUGAAAUUGCCUCAUUUCACUUUUUGUACAAAAUGUAAACACAAGAUUCUGUUUAUUUUCUUCUUUUUUUGAACUUUGUUACAGUUCUCAAGAAUUCAACUCAAGAAAAAUUUGGCGUACAUUUGACAAGUUGACUAUGUAAUCAUGUUCAAUAAUAAUAUUAUCAAUAAUAAUGAUUAUAGUAAUAAUAUUAUUAUUUUAAUUAUAAUAACAAUGUUGUCUUUACUUGUUUUAUAGUUGCAUAUUUUAAGUUAAAUUCUUUUUUUAUGUUAGGUAUUAUACUAUAUAUAUUUAUGUGAGUCAAAGUGAAAUCUCUAAAAACCCAUGUUUGGCAAACAUUUUUGAUUGUCUACAAGUCACUAACUUCUAUGAUGCUUCUUCUACAGAACUGUCAAGCCCAAGAAAAAGGGUUCUCAAUGUGAAACUUCCUGUUAGAGAGAGGCGAAGGUUCUGGACUGACAAGGAAACAAAGUGGUUGAUAGAUGGAGUGAAAACCUAUGGAGAAGGCAACUGGGCAGUAAUUCUAGAUGCAUACAACUUUGUUGGAAGGACAUCAGUACAUUUAAAGGAUAAAUGGCGCAACUUACAAAAGAACUAGUACUGGUAACCAUUGUAACAAAACUAUUGCAGAGCUGUCAUUAAAGCCCGGGUCUGGGGUUUGCCUGCUACUCUGAACAUGACCCCUGUUUACAGUAUUUUGAGUUCAUAGAUAGUGAAAGGAAAAUGAAACCUAAAGAACUUUCCUUGAUGUUCAAUUCCUUGCCUACUAAAUAAAUAAUUAGUAGGUAAGGAAUAGGCAAUUAUUGCAUAUACCGGGUAACUUGAAAUCUUUGUGUCAGCCCUUCUAAUGGAUGGUCAAAAUGUCUGUCAACUCUGACUCUUGCUUGGCCUUUAGCAUUUACAAAGAUGUUCGCAUCACUUAUCAGCUGCGUUACUUGUCAGGGCAUAAAAACCUGGCAAUUUGAAAUCUUAGUGUCAGCCCUACUCAUGGGUGGUCAAAAUCAUUGAUGUCUGUCAAGUCUGACCUGAGAUACCAUCCAAGCAGAGGUUUCUCUCUUUCAUGGCCUUUAGUGUUUACAAAACUGUUCUCCUCUCUUGUCAGUUGCUUGUGGAGGCAUAAACAAACCAACAAUGUAGCUUACAAGCAAUGUAAAUGCUAAACCUGAGAUGCUGAUACAUUAUUAAUCAUUAUUGCCUUUGUACAGCUUUGCCCUCUGAACUUCAAGGAUGCUUUAAAUUUUCCUGUGUGAAGGAGUUCGGUAAUAAUGGCCAGACCAGUCUUUUACUUUUAAUAGAAAGUUGCAAGAUAACAUAGUUACACUAAUAUAUAAUGCCCAUUGGAGG